UGUUUUUCUAGAUAAUUGGACACGUCAUCGAAUGAAGAUAUGAGAUCUGGAUGAUAUUCAUAUACAACUCAACAACUAUAGCAACCGCGGCCCUACAAUGGUUACUAGGACAUCUCAUCAGGAUCUCCUUGAGCCUUUACGGUUGCUGAUUGCUUGCUUUGCAGAAAUGAUCGGGACAAUGAUGAUAGUUCUCUUCUGCUGUGGUUCAUUAACGGGAGAAGAGCCCAUGGAUCUCAUUAGGGUCUCCCUCACAUUUACCUUCACUGUCACGACCAUGAUAGCCAUUACAGCUGACGUCAGCGGCGGCCAUAUUAAUCCUGCUGUUACCAUAGCAAUGCUGGUAGCCCGCCGUAUUUCCGUUUUUCGAUGUUUAACGUACAUUGUUUUCCAAUGUGUUGGUGGGAUCGCUGGAGCUGUUCUACUCAGAGCUAUCGUUGGAGAGGAUAAUGCGAACUCAUUGGGCGCCACAAUGGUAGAUUCCAAGCUGACAUACUCGCAGGGGUUUGGGAUUGAAUUUAUCAUUACCUUCAUUUUGAUCAUGACAGUGUUCGCCAUCACUGACCCGGCAAGGAAUGAUAAUCUGGGAUCAGGACCUUUACACGUUGGAAUCGCUAUUGGCAUGGGCCAUCUCCUGGCAGUCCCCUAUACAGGGGCUGGUAUGAAUCCCGCCAGGUCACUUGGCCCUGCUGUGGCCAUGGAUAUUUGGACAGCUCACUGGAUAUACUGGACAGGCCCAAUAGGUGGCGCCAUACUAGCAGCAUUGUUAUACGAACAUCUUUUUGCCGCAAACGCCACUUUGAGAAAAACGAAAGCAUGGUGCAUGUCCAGACAAUACGACAAUGAUAAUUUUGAAAAGGCUUUGAGUAAAUUCGAUUCAACAAAAUUGUAAGACGGGAAUAUGACAACAAGUAACGCUCAUGGGCGUGCCAGGGGUUUAAAAAUGGACGCUACAAAUUUAGAUGGACGGGGCUUGAAGAGAACAAUGAUGCGAUACUAUGAGACAUUAUUUUCACAGUUUUGUUUUUAUACUAGGGCUACAGGAUAUGACUUUUUAGUGAAAAUGUAGUUAGAUAGUUGGUUUGCAUGGGUCAUGGAUUUCCACGCCCAUGACAUAAAAUAGAGUAACAUUUGUGUAUAUAUAGCAGUAAAUAUGAAAUAAUUAUGUGGUUGUGUUAACACGUUUAAUUAUGUUCAUUCAUCAACGUGAGGUUAAGUUACACGUUUUAAAGAGAACUUGUACGUAAACUCGUAAUUUUAUGACCCUUUGAAUUACUCUCUACCUCUCAAUUGUUUUAUCCAGGGAUUUAUAGCUGCUUACAACCAUUUUCCUUGUACCUUUAUACCCAAUCAGGCAACUAAAGCAAACACUACUAAGGGGAGAACUUAUCCUACAAGACCAUAAAGUUACACGUUCGCGUACAAUCUCCCUCUUGAGGAGUUUAAGCUUACAUAUAAAAUCGAAACGACAACCCAUACGUCUGACCAAUCGCCCGUA